CAGCAUCUACACAUCAUUUAGAUAGAACUUUGAAACUGGAAUUUAAAAAUUGCAGUAUUCCACAAUCGGAGAAAUAAAAUGAGCUACAUCGAACAAAGAAACUCAAGUCACAUCAGUAACUCGUAGACAGUACUGGAAUCAACAUUUCUCACCGCUAUACGCGUCUUUCCAAAAUAAUAGCACUGAAACCUUUAUCCAGCAUUUUCACUAUGGAUUUUAAGUUGGCGAUGGGAAUAUUACUGACGCUGCUGCCAGCUGUCAAAAUCUAUGCUCAAAAAGCUCUCGCCGAGAAACCUGCAUUUUUAAACCCCUGCACGCUACAUAGUCCAGAACUUAGUGAAUGCUUUAGCAAAAAUUUUCAAAGUACUGUCUCUGAAUGGCGAGCAGGUGUUCCUGGUCUUAAAUCUAUUGGUGGGUUGGAUCCUUUGUAUGUCAAACGUGUUGGAAUCCAACAUACUCAAAGUCCGUUGGAAAUAGAUGUGGAUCUGCUUAAUAUCGCUUUUACAGGUCUAGCUGGAGUGAGUGUGAAGCAAUCAGACUAUGAUAUCAAGAAAUUGACGGAUGUAUCAACGCUACUUGUACCUAAGUUCGCAAUUGUCUCUGAUUACAAAAUGAAAGGAAAAAUAUUAAACUUCAAUUUAAAUGCCAAUGGCAAGAUGCAAAUAAAUGUGGAUGAUUUUCUUUGCAAAAUCUAUUUGCAUUUCAAGUUAAGAGAUAGUGAUGGUUUCACAUUUACUGAUAUCGAUAAACUCCGUGUGGAAAUCGUGAGUAUUGGCGGAUUGAACAUUAAUAUGGAAAAUCUCUUCAAUGGAGACAAGAGCCUAGAAGACAGUGUGAAUUCACUCUUCAAUGAGAACUGGCGCGAUUUUUUCGAAUUCUUGCGCCCGGCUAUAACAUCAGCUGUGGAAACUAUAAUGAGGGAUCGUCUAACUAAAUUGUUUGCCUAUGUACCAGCAAAAUAUUUUAUCGCAGAUUUUCCCACAGCCGCCAGUUUCUAUGCUUGAGCAGAAAUUUAUUUGAUUGGUUGAAAAUUUAAACAUUUUAAUUUGAUUUCAAUUCGAAUAGUCGCAUUUUAUAUAUUCAGCAUCGAAAAUUGCAAUGAUGAUAAAAAUUUCUCUAAUAUAUUUAAA